AGUGCAAGUGAGAUCGAGAAUGCCGUGAAAAAUGUGAAAAGGUUGGGUUUUUGGUUAUGGUAGGUUUGUCUUCUUAUAUUUACAGAAUAAUUUACUAAAUUCAGUGAAUCUCCUUUAAAUAAAUCCACUAUUUAUUUAUUUAGACCAUGAUCUGUGCAAGUGAUGAAAUGUAAUAACUGUUAUGUAACAAUUUGAACAAUUGAAGGGUAAUUUCGACAUUGAAUGCAAUGGCACAUCGGCUUGCAAUUGCUGCUAAGCGGCUGGAAAGGAUUUUAUUUAGUAGUUUGAAAAGUGGAUCAAUUGAUAAACAUUUGUUAAAACGAAACAUAAGAUUCCUAGAAUGCAGCCAGGCACAAACACUAGAGGCCGUGUUGCAGCAUUGGAGCAACCUGACCCCUGCCGUAUGGAGCAGUAAAGGACCUCAAAAAGGAUUCGGCAAGUUUUUCGAUCAGGACAAGAAGGAUGGCGCCAGUAAGGAGACGAAAUCGGGGUCGGAUGAUGCCCCAAAAUCGAAAGAGGCCCCGAAAAGUGGAGCCGCCCCCCAGAGACCCGACCCCAGUCGACCUGACCAGUGGUUUCAGGGAAUGUUUGGAGCUGGUGGGGGUAAAAGAACUGGCCCCGGUGACAAACCGUUCACAGAAGGGGAGGAGAACAAGUGGGCUAUGUACGCCAUGCUGGGGGCCAUUGUUGUUUUCGGAGUCACCAUCUCCUAUUAUGCCAACUUCGAGGAAAUCGCCUGGAAAGAGUUUGUGAACGAUUAUUUAGCGAAAGGAGCAGUAGAAAAACUCGAAGUAGUCAAUAAGAAAUGGGUGAAAGUGCGAUUAACAAAUUCUGAACUUAGUGGGAAAAUUCUGUGGUUCAGUAUUGGCAGUGUGGAUUCGUUUGAACGAAACCUGGAGAAUGUGCAGACCGAAAUGAACAUCCAUCCUUCACAGUUUGUGCCUGUCCGAUAUAAGAACGAAAUCGAAUUAUCGAGUCUCUCGGGCGCCUUCCAAACGCUUCUAAUCAUAGGUUUUCUGAUAUUCAUGAUGCGGCGAUCGGCGGAGAUGAUGGGUGGGGGAAGGGGCAAAAAAGGGGGACUUUUUGGGGUAAUGGAGUCGACUGCAAAGCUCAUUAACUCUAGUGAUAUUGGAGUCAGAUUCAAGGACGUAGCAGGGUGUGAAGAGGCCAAAGUAGAAAUCAUGGAGUUUGUUAAUUUCUUGAAGAAUCCUCAGCAGUAUAUUGAGCUGGGAGCCAAGAUUCCCAAGGGCGCCAUGCUUACUGGACCGCCUGGAACAGGAAAGACCCUACUAGCCAAAGCGACAGCGGGAGAAGCCAACGUUCCCUUUAUCUCUGUAUCAGGAUCUGAGUUUCUCGAAAUGUUCGUUGGUGUUGGUCCAUCCAGGGUGCGAGACAUGUUCGCGAUGGCUCGUAAGCAUGCGCCGUGCAUUCUGUUCAUUGACGAGAUCGACGCUGUGGGUAGGAAGAGGGGCGGACGCAACAUUGGAGGGCAUUCCGAACAGGAGAACACUCUUAAUCAGCUGUUAGUUGAGAUGGACGGUUUCAACACGACGACAAACGUGGUAGUGCUAGCUGCUACUAACCGAGUGGAUAUCUUGGAUAAGGCACUAAUGAGACCUGGACGUUUUGACAGGCAGAUCUACGUGCCAGCUCCCGACAUCAAGGGUCGAGCCUCUAUAUUCAAAGUGCAUCUGCAGCCACUCAAAACACUGCUCGACAGGACUGACCUGGCUCGCAAAAUGGCUGCCCUUACUCCUGGCUUCACCGGGGCGGAUAUUGCUAAUGUGUGUAACGAGGCUGCACUGAUCGCGGCAAGGGACCUCAAGGAUAGCAUCGUCAUGAAGCAUUUUGAACAGGCAAUAGAGCGUGUUGUAGCAGGCAUGGAGAAGAAAACGAAUGUGUUACAGCCUGAGGAGAAAAAGACGGUGGCCUAUCACGAGGCGGGUCACGCGGUAGCCGGUUGGUUCCUGGAGCAUGCCGAUCCCCUGCUUAAGGUUUCGAUAAUUCCCCGCGGCAAGGGUCUAGGCUACGCACAGUACUUACCCAAGGAACAAUUUCUGUACACGAAGGAGCAGCUGUUUGAUAGGAUGUGCAUGACGCUGGGUGGUCGUGUAUCCGAAGAGAUAUUCUUCAAUAAGAUUUCAACCGGGGCACAGGAUGAUCUGAAGAAGAUUACACAGAUUGCGUAUUCGCAGAUAGCGCACUACGGUAUGAACGAGAAGGUGGGCAACGUUAGCUUUGACAUGCCUCAGCCGGGUGAGAUGGUGCUGGAGAAGCCAUACUCAGAGCAGACGGCGCAUCUCAUUGACAGCGAAGUCAGGCUGCUCAUAGAGGGUGCAUACAAGUCGACCAAGCAACUGCUAACCUCACACAAGGACGAUAUUAUCAAGGUAGCAGAACGCCUACUGAAACAGGAGAUCCUGAGCCGAGACGACAUGAUUGAGCUGCUCGGACCGAGGCCGUUCAAGGAGAAGUCGACCUACGAGGAGUUCGUCGAGGGCACCGGCUCCUUUGAGGAGAACACCGAACUGCCCGAGGGACUCAAGGACUGGAACAAGGAGAAGGACAAGGACGGCGAAAAGGAGAAGGAGACAGAGAAGGGGGAGAAGAAGAAGGCGGCCAAAAAGUGAACAAUGCAAAGAUUCAUUUUCAAGGGGAAUAGCAAGCAUUUACCAGUGCAUGUAGUUAGUGCCUCAUCCGUUGCAAAAAAAAGACUUCAAGAUUAUCUGAAAGUUCUUCAAGAUCCUGAGAAGAUUCUUCAAGAUUUUCUGCUUGUGUGAGACACUCGUACCAAAUAAAACAUCAACACAGCUAGGAGACAAUUAAUAAGAGGUUUAGGAUGAGAUGAUCAUGUUGUGUUUGUAUUAAUGUAAUUUUAUUAAAUUAAUUAUUCGAAAGCGUGAA